CCUCGUUCUCAUCCCACAGCCAAUAAGGGCCUGAUGGGCUCAAGUAUCACAUACUAUAACACAAGGACUUAUUCUCUGAGCGGAGCCUGCAGUUCCUUACAGACCUUCAUUUCCAUCGUCUGAGGAGUUUCUCUUCUUCUCUGAGGUGUAAAGUCUGCUGUCACCAUGUCUGACACUGAGGAAGUGGACAAUAUUGAGGAAGAGGAAGCCCAGGAGGAGGUAGUAGAAGUAGAAGUAGCCCCUGAGGCGGAGGCCCAGGUAGAAGCAGAAGCAGAGGUAGAGCCUGAACCAGAACCAGAGCCAGAGGUGGUGCAGCAGGUGGUUCAUGAGGAGGAAGAGGCCUAUGAAGAAGAAGGGGAGGAGGGAGAUCAAGAUGAAGAGAAGCCAAAGUUUAAGCCCACUGCUCCGAAGAUCCCAGAUGGCGAGAAAGUGGAUUUUGAUGAUAUCCAAAAGAAACGUCAAAACAAAGAUCUAGUAGAGCUGCAGUCACUGAUCGAUGCUCACUUUGAGUGCAGGCAGAAGGAAGAAGAGGAACUCAUUGCUCUCAAGGAGAGAAUUGAGAAGCGUCGUGCUGAGCGAGCUGAGCAGCAGAGGAUUCGCGCUGAGCAAGAUAAAGAGCGGCAGGCCAGGCGGGAGGCUGAGCGGAUGAGAAAGGAGGAGGCCGACGCUCAGAGAAAGGCUGAUGAUGAUGCCAAGAAGAAGAUAGCACUGACAAACAUGGGAUCGGGCUUAAGCAGCCACUUGCAGAGGAUUGAACAGAGGAGAGGCAAGAAGCAGACUGAAAGAGAAAAGAAGAAGAAGGUUCUUGCAGAGAGAUGCAAACCCCUGAAAAUUGAUAAUCUCAGCGAUGACAAGCUGAGGGAAAAGGCCAAAGAGCUGUGGGAAUGGCUGCACAACCUUGAGGCAAUAAAAUACGACCACUGUGAGAAGCUUAAGAGGCAGAGAUAUGAGGUUGUUUCUCUCAGGAACCGUAUUGAUGAAUUGCAGAAACACAGCAAGAAGGGAGCCGCCUCACGCCGCAGGAAGUGAGCAGCCCUUCGGUGCCAGUCAGCCUGAGCAGGAGGCAUCUUCAGUCAGCCACAGCAGUAGCUCCAGUCACCCGCCCGAUGACAUCCACAGCAACAACAAGAAAGCUAGUGCCUGUGUUUACUUAAGUGAGAUAGUUUCACAAGGAUUUUAGCUCAUGUAAUAAAAUAAACUAUAAAAAAUAUGCUUUGUUUGUAUAAAGAACAUGUGGCACUUUAAACAAUCA